GACACAAUCCACAUGCGACUCAAACAGUGCAAUGGAUGGUUGUACACAUGAUGCUCAGUGCGCUGCAGUUUGAGAGUGUGAAACUGGCUGAAUAUCGUUGACAAAAAAUGGAAUAACAUCCAGAAGUUGGAGAAUCAUGAUAGAAUAACUCGGCAUUUGUGAAACUUUGAUGUAUCCUCCUCUGAAUUUUCAAUAAGACUACUGCACAGACACGGUAAGGCUACCUGCUCUCCUGUUGUCAUCCACAGCUGUGUCAGUAAAGGAAGAUAUUUUUCUGAUCGACUAACCUCUGUGAAACACAGGUUCUCACUCUGCAUUCAGGGCUGUCUUUAAACUGCAGUGAGCUUUAACAAAAGACGCAUGAUGCUUCGAUGAUAGAGAUUAAUUUCCUCUCAAACAUGGUUGAAAAUAGUUGAACUCAUCUGUAAACAGGUGACUGUUUCAUGGAGCUGCAGCAGUAAAACCCAGCAGGAAAUUAUCAGUGAUGAGAUCCAGCACUGAAGUAAAAAAAUAAAGAAGACAGACAGAAAGAAAGAAAGAAAAAAAAAAGACUCGACUUUUAGUCGAAUUCAAGUUUCAAGUGGUUGUAUCAAGAGCAGUGUACUGACCUAUUGCUUAAUUGGCUCCUGUAGGUGCUGUGUAAACCUGUAGGGGAGAGUGGGGUAAGAUGAGCCAUGUUUCAUAUUUCAGAUCACUACAUCAAGACAAUCAUAGUCUUGUCUCUAACUAGUGUAUCUGCAUAUAUUUAAGGAUGUUGUGCAUCCCUGCAAAUCAACAGAAUGAGUGUAAACAUAACUGUCUUGAUAAUAUAGCAUGCCAAAAAGAGUGAUCUCUAAUGGUCAAUUUACCCCGUGUAUGGGGUAAGUUGACCAUAGGAGCGGGGUAAAUUGAGUCGUACCCCUACCACCACCCCACUCUCCACCCCAGCCCUCCCUUACCUUCUCUCUCCCUAAAUAACAGUCACUUCUUCACAUUCAUGUGCCUUUUCAUCUAUUAUACGCUAUUCAACUAGUACAAUAAUUAUUUUUAUUAUUAUUACAUAUAACUGCUAAAAAGCUGUUUUGUAAAAAGCCAUUUCAACAUGAGAAUGUCUUUAAGUGAUUCAGAACAUUCACAGCUGUAUUUUUAAAAAGAAAAAGUAAAACAUUUCAACAACCUGAACUAAAACUCUGAUCCUCUCGUCAGACUCCUUUACUUUCUCAGUUGAGUCACUGGCUCAACUUACCCCAGAACUACUAUUAUGACUUUAUUAUUCCUCUAAGCUAAAAUGGUGGACUUUUAUGCUAGGCUUUACUGUAUGAUUUUAUUUUGUUGUUGAUGUGCUUCCAUGAAUGCUGAAUUAGGACAAUCUCAUCUGAUAAAACAAAGGGGCUGAUGGCAUUUUAAUAUACAGUGUACAUGUGUAAAUAUGAAAGUAGUCAGUGCAAAAGAAUCAUCUCUGAGAAGCUGCUGACAAAGAUGAUGUAGUUCACACCACCAUGCCUUGUGGUCUGCAGCAAGAUGUAGACAAAAUUUUUUUCCUGUGUUCAAAACCAUUUUUUUUUCAUAUUUAGAUGAAAAUUUUAACCAUGCAUAUAAUGACUAAUUAUUCUUCUGUACAUCAGAUGUAUUGGAUUUGCAGUUUUCUACCCAGUGAGCCACCAGAGACAGAGCCAAACCAAGAACAACUGAGUAAGCAGUAAACAUCCUGUCAACGAGUGGUUGAACCUGCAGCUCUAUCAGCAUCUGACUGCUGAUCCAGAUUAAAAGAAGAUAUUUUGCAGAGAAAGUGGACAAUGGCCUGAAAAAUGAGGUUAUUUGUAUCUCAUCCAAAGACAUCAAACUAGAGCCCAGAUUCAACACUAGUGUGGAUCAGCUGUUUGAUUCAGACCUCCUCUGAGCCGCUGAGAGAAUACCCACAAACCCAUACUCUCAUGUGACCCUUGAUUGCCCACUCCUAUCGGAUGCUCCCAGAUGCACCGUACACAGAGGGACAGGAAUAAACCAAAGGGCCUCAAGAGAAAGAGGAGAUUCAUGUCAUCCAUCAAGGGAGUUUGUCACCUAUCCAGGCGAGCGAAAAGGCGCUUAUACUGUAAAUUGCAGCUGUGGAUGUGGAGGAGGCAGAAGGAGAGGUAUGGUUUUGGGAUGUAUAGAUCAAGGAAACAAGCCUGUGUGAUCAGCCCCAGCUCUACCUCCUGCCUCGGUGUAAAGACACAGUCACAGAAAAGUAAAAUAAAAGCAUCAGUGUUUCCUACACCACACUCAGAUGAUUCAGAAUUUGGAACAUUAGGUCUUGAGUGUGCUAAUGGAAAGUCAGAGGAGUCACUUAGAGGGCAGAACUGCCUAUUCAGCCGGUGUGAAUCAGUUGGUUCGACAGAGACUUUACCCAUCUCCUCACAGAACUCACUAAUGGACACUAAUGUUACUUCAUGCAACGUCAGGGAAACAAUAUCUUCUCAACAGAAAGACACUUUGGUACAAGUGAUUGAAAUGGCCAAGCCUUCAAACAGUGAGGCUUGUGGUUUCUCCAUAAAUGUAAAAGAAGAAAGGACAGCUGUACAAGCUCAGAGGCCUGAGACUAACAGCCCAUCAGGACAGUCUAUUCCUCUCACCCCAUGUCAAGCGCGGAUUACAAACAACGAUGCAGAUGAGACUACUGCCUCAAAAAAGAUGUUGUCUACUCAAGCUGAUGUCAGCCUCAUAGUGACUAAAGACAUCCGUGGUAGAUCUUUCUCACUUUUGUCCUCUCAUUUGUGUCUCUUUGUAUUUUGAUUUUUAGGGCUGCUGAUAAUGACAAUAUUUUUUCUGUUUUCCUAGGAUUUCUAGAUGAGUUCUACAGAAUGUAUGGAAGUUUUAUCCCCCUACAGAAGACCGAUGUGUUGAGACACAUGAAGGGGAGGUUUAACACAGAUUUCAAUGACUGGUACAUUUCUCAGAAUCCAUACAAACGAUUUUAUGCACUCCAAAGCUGAAUGACUCAAGAGCACCACUUUUUAUUAGUGUUGUUUGACAACAUAAUAAAGGUGGAGGUUUAAGUUGAGUGUGUGUUUUGUUUUAAUCUGGACCAGUCCUCAGUGUUGUGUUUUUCUUUCUGUGCAGGAAAAGAUUCAUAUGCUCAGAAGUGACCAAAUAUGAAUCUUGUUUAGUUCAGAAGCCCGCUCCCUCCUUCAGGGUGGUCUAUAAGAAACACACUCUGGCCCUAGAUGACUUGUCUACACUGGCGGAUCAGAACUGGCUCAACGACCAGGUUAUGAACAUGUAUGGGGAACUGAUUAUGGAGUCGACUCACCACAAGGUAUACAUGUUUAUGGGUCUUGAUUUGUUUUCCAAAGCCAAGUUGUUUUUUUUGAAAAUAAACAAAAAAAAAGAUCCUUUUUUAAGCUUGUAAUUCUCUCCUCUCUAAGGUCCAUUUCCUCAACAGCUUCUUCCACAGGCAGCUCAUGACAAAAGGAUAUGAGGGUGUAAAGAGGUGGACAAAACAGGUCAGAUGGAAGAUUUGUAAUCAGUUAUCAAUGUAGUAAAGACUUCUGUUUUCAUGUGAAAAUUGAAAAUGAACUAUUAGUGAAACGUUUAAGUCCGAUCAGGUUGUUAGGCUUUAAACCCGCCUUUCUCAUGCAGGUGGAUCUGUUUUCCAAGAGUAUGCUUUUGGUGCCCAUCCACCUGGAGGUCCACUGGUGUCUGGUGUCAGCAGAUAUCGCCAAAAAGAAGAUCUGCAUCUACGACUCCCAAGGGAACGGACUUCAGAAGAUUGCAAGGGUAAAAGCAGAGCCUAUCUCAGACAUCCUGGGUAAUCAUAAAAACCCUCUUACACAGUAACUGUAACUAAGAGAAUAGUCUGCAUCAAGUCAGGGUGAGCAGAUUGAGACUUUUGCCCCCGUCCUCUUAUCAGGACAAUGUCUGGAAGUUGUCUGGAGAUGCAGUGUGAUGUGUAAAAGUGGCCUCGGAUGAUGUGCAACACACUUAAAGAGGGUUUUUCUCUUUGCUUCGAUUUCAACAGAACAUCCUGAAAUACUUGAUGACAGAAGCAAAGGAAAAGAAACAAAGCGGUUUUGAAAAUGGCUGGGCUGUAUCUUUUGAUGAGGUACUUUUAACUAAUGUUUGAAUAACCUGAUCUGAUGGACCAACACAGUCAGAGACACAGAGCACCUGACACACUGACGGUCUCUUGACUCCCCCUGCUGUUUAUUACAGAAAGUCCCGCAGCAGACCAAUGAGAACGAUUGUGGAGUUUUUGUCUUGGAGGUACUGCUGUGUUUUUCUCCUAUAACACAUCAAUCAUUCUAAUACCUGGUGGCUUAAACUGGUUGUUUAGACAUUUUCCCUUUUUUUUCCUUAACAGUAUUCUCGAUGUCUUGCCCUGGGCAAACCUCUGAAGUUUUCUCAGAAGGACAUACCAAAGAUACGCAAGAGGAUCUACAAAGAGCUCUGUGAAUGUAGGCUGCGGGAGGAAGGCUGACAACUAUCUUGAAGCUGUACGUAUCACUGAUAAUCUGUGGAAACCUGUAGUCUGGAAAAGCAGCUCCUUAUUACAGCUCUGAGCCUGUGUGAGGGACCCUGUUAGAGGCAUUUAUUUAUGAAGAGCAGUGUCCAUUCUGAAUCAUCAUCCUUGUGUGAUGACAAUAUUGUUAAGAUGAUCAGGCGUGUUGACUGAAGUUCAAACAUCUACAGUGCGCCAACAGCCUUAGAGAACGGACAGCCGAGCAAACCUCAUCUAAAAUAGUUUGUGUUCGUCCUUUUUGCUUUUCACCUUGUUUGCACUUGUAAAGAAAAUUUUUUGCAUUAUUAAAAAGGUUUGAGAAGACCAAA